AUGAAGACCGCCCAGCCCCCCCGCAGUCCCCCGCUGGUCCAGAUGAGGCGCUACGGUCCAGGAGUAUACCCUUUCCUGUUCCCCUCCGUGAUCAGCUCCCUGCCGCAGUUGCCCUCCUCCCCCCACAGACUGCAGUUACAACAGCCGCCCAGCAGUGGGAGCACUCCUUCUCCUGUGGACAGAUCCUAUUGUUGUCUGGCUCUCUCCCCUCCCCUCUCCUCCAGCAGCAGGUGUAUAGGGGGGUGGGCGGGUGGGUCUCCUCUGCCUGUCCCCCGCAGAGCACUCAUGUGA